AUGGCGGCCGGGGUACUUUACACUUAUCCGGAAAACUUCCGUGCCUUUAAGGCGUUGAUCGCCGCACAAUAUUCUGCAGCUGAUGUCAAAGUGUCUCCAAACUUUGUUUUUGGGGAAACCAACAAGUCGCAGGAAUUCUUGAAGAAAUUCCCGGCCGGCAAAGUUCCAGCAUACGAAAGCGCCGAUGGAAAAGUGCUUCUCACCGAGAGCAACGCCAUUGCCUACUAUGUAUCAAAUGAGUCCCUCCGAGGAUCCGACCUGAAGACCCAAGCUGCUAUAUGCCAAUGGGCUUCAUGGGCUGACAGUGAACUUUUACCAGCCUCCUGUGCCUGGGUCUUCCCCUAUCUUGGUAUUAUGCAGUUCAACAAACAGAAUGUUGAUCGUGCAAAGAAUGACUUAUUGGCUGCCCUGAAAGUGCUUGAUAGUCAUCUGUUGUCUAGAACUUUCCUUGUCACUGAACGAGUCUCCUUAGCUGACAUCAUCGUCUUCUGCACCCUUAUACACUCCUUCCAGCAUGUCUUAGAUCCUAGCCUGCGUGGACCUCUUGUGAAUGUCCAACGUUGGUUCCUCACUCUGGCUAACCAGCCUCAAGUGUUGGCUGUUGUUGGUACAAUCAACCUGUGUGCUGCACCACCCACUUUUGAUCCUAAGAAGUACCAAGAGCUCACCAAGGACAAGAAGCAGGACGGUCCAAAGAAAGAGAAAAAGGAAAAGAAAGAGCAACCCAAGAAGGAGAAGGAGGUCAAGGAGCCUGAACUAAUUGAUGAAGUUGAGGAGAAACCUAAAGAGUCAAAGGAUCCUUUUGAUGCUAUGCCUAAAGGAACAUUCAACAUGGACGACUUCAAACGGUGCUACUCAAAUGAGGAUGAAGCGAAGUCCAUUCCCUACUUCUGGGAGAAGUUUGACCCAGAACACUAUUCUAUCUGGUUUGCAGAGUACAAAUACCCUGAAGAACUUUCCAAGGUGUUCAUGAGCUGUAACCUCAUUACAGGAAUGUUCCAGCGGUUGGACAAGAUGCGCAAGCAGGCUUUCGCGUCUGUCUGUCUGUUCGGUUCUGACGAUGACUCUUCUAUCUCUGGAGUGUGGGUUUGGCGUGGACAGGAGCUCGCCUUCCCACUGUCACCCGAUUGGCAGAUCGAUUAUGAGUCAUACUCAUGGCGCAAGCUGGACCCUGCCAGUGAGGAGGCCAAAAAGAUGGUCCAAGACUACUUCUCCUGGACUGGCAACGACUCCAACGGUCGCAAGUUCAACCAGGGCAAGAUCUUCAAGUAA